CAAGGUCCAGUAUCUCUCAGGCUACUGUAACAGCAGAUCCAUCUGUCAUUUUGAUGUCAUGGCAACAGUUCUUUCCCUGUACUUGUUUCUAAACUGAUGGGGGGGGGGCUUGGCAAUAGUGUCUUUGUAGUCACUGAGGAAAAUAAAGUUAUGGAAUGAGCAACCAUUCAACAAGCCUUUAUGUCUUCCAUUUUAGAGUAUGUCUGCUUUUGUGUGUAUCUAAUUCAGUCAGGACAGGAGUUCCAUGCAGACCUGUACCCAGACACCUUGGGCCGGACGGCAGCCAUGUCAGCUGCAGAGUGGUGGAAAGGUGGCGAGAAACAGGUUGAGAAGGUCAGUGUCAACCCAUCCAAUCGUCAGAAGCCUAACAACGCUAAGCCAGCCAAUCAGACGGCUGCUAAGAAAGAGCUGCCCAGUGGGAGGAGCAAAGAGGAGGCUCCAGUCCGAGGCUGCUCCACCUCCAGCAGUUCCCUGAGCUCCCCAGCAGCAGUGCUGCCCCGUCCUGCUCCCCUCCUCCACCUCUGGCCUCUCCUCAGGCUUCCUCCCCAGCCCCAGCCAGAGUGCCAAAGCCAUCAGCAGCAUGUUGGGUAAGGCUGUUUGGGAAACAGUAGCAGUGCUCCAUCUCACACACACACAAACACACAUAUACGUGAAUACACACACACACACCACACAUACACACACCACACACAUACACACACCAUACACACAUCCUUACCCAUCAGCAACAUGUUGAGUAAAGCUGUUUUGGGAAUCUGUAGUGGUACUACAUUACCCACAAUACUCUGUGUUACAUAUCCGGUUAUGGUAUUAGGAAGUACGUUAUGUAAGAUUUGACAGUGUCAGUCUCAAUGCUAGGUAAGGCUGUCUCUCUUAUCUCUCAUCUCAUUUCCCUACCUUGUCAUUAUCUUAUUAUAAUGUCCUGCUGACUGUUGGUUUGAGCUGUAUUUACAACUGAACUGUGUGAGAGAGAGAGAGUUGGUGGUUUGGAUUGAUCUGAACCUGUCUGACGAUCAUAUCCUACACACUGCUAGCAUAUCAAGACAGCACAAACAGAUCUGGGACCAGGCACCCUGCCAGUAUCCCCUGUCUGAUGUAGCCUGUUACCAUUCUAAAUGUGCUGGAACCAACUUGUUUGUUAACCAUACAAGAGCUUCCCACAGCACAUAUAGUAUGAGACUAGGUUACUAAUAAUAUACCUGGGUUGUGUUCAUUGGGUACUACGUAACAAAAUGUUUCGCAACAGAAAACUAAAACAAGCAUUUCUUAUUGGACCAGGUACAUCAUUGUAAAUAAUUUCUUCAGGUUGGUGCCUAAUGAACAAGACCCAGGUUACUGUAGCUUAGGUCUAAAAUCACCCUGCUCUCCUCCUCCUCCCUCUCUCUCCCUCUCCCUCCCUCCCUCCCUCUCCUCCCUCUCUCUCCCCCUCUCCCUCCCU